UCAUUUGAUCUUCGAAGAAACAAAGUCUAAGAAAGCGUUACGUUGAUAUGAGGAUUCGAAAGCAGACGAAUUACACUUUUGAGAUAGAUUACUUCUCCAAUAUGAACUAUGUGAUACAAUCUCCCUAUUUCUCAAGCGGCGGCGGCUGCUCAUGGUUUAUUUCCGUUUAUCCCAAGGGAAUCUAUAGUUGUGAUCACUUGUCAGUGUACUUGAAUGUUGCUAGGCCUGGAUCAUUGAGAACUGGAUGGAAAAGGAGAGCUAGUAUUUGUUUCGUUUUUUUGGAUCAAUCUGGCAAAGAGCUCCAUAGAAUAGAUGAAGGAUGUCAGUUGUUCUGUGCUAAGGUCUCAGCCUGGGGUUAUGCCAGAGGAUUGCCUCUUUUCAAACUUGAAGACCAAGGGCUUCUAAAGAGCAACAAACUGAUCAUUAAAGUCCAAGUAAAAGUAGCUGAAGUUGUUCAUCAAGAAGAGGUAACUGGGGAAAAAAGGUUAGAUAUUAAUGGUUUCGACGUUCUUGAUACUCAGAAUGGCUCUCUUUACUCAGCUUUCGUUGUCAAAUGCAGAGACUACGACGAACCUCACUCAACUACCGUUUCUUCUGAGUUCGUCGACGAUGAAAAGUCGGAAACUUUACAGAAAAUCGAUGAUUUGGAGAUUACCCAUGAAACGAAGAAGGGAAAGAGUUUCUGGGCUGCCGUUAGUUUGAUCAUCGGAACCGCCGUUGGUCCCGGAAUGCUCGGCCUCCCAGCUGCAACUAUCAGAUCUGGUUCCAUCCCAUCGACCAUUGCUUUACUUUGUUCUUGGGUUUACGUCAUUUCCUCUAUUCUUCUCGUGGCUGAGCUCAGCUUUGCAGCUAUGGAAGAAGACAAUGCAGCAGAGGUUAGCUUCACAGGGCUUGCAACUAAAUCCUUUGGGAAUAAAUUUGGAGUUUUUGUGGCUUUUGUGUAUGCUUCACUGAGUUUCUCUUUGAUGGUUGCUUGUGUCUCGGGUAUUGGCUCCAUUGUGUCUCAAUGGUUUCCUUCAAUGAAUCCAUUCUUGGCCAAUGCUAUAUUCCCUCUAGUUUCUGGAGUCUUGAUCGGGUUUUUCCCUUUCGAUGCCAUUGAUUUCACCAACAGGGGUCUCUGCUUCCUCAUGCUCUUCUCUAUAACUUCUCUUGUGGCUAUUGGUUUAUCUGUGGCUAGGUCCAAUGUGUUAGCCUCAUUUGGUCAAUCAUGUUGGAAAGUCUCGACAGUUUUACCCGCGGUUCCUGUUAUGGUACUGACACUAGGGUUUCAUGUCAUCACUCCUUUCAUAUGCAAUCUCGCAGGGGAUUCGGUUUCAGAUGCUCGGAGAGCCAUUCUUGUUGGCGGUGUUGUGCCAUUGGCUAUGGUGUUGUCUUGGAAUCUAAUUGUUUUGGGGCUUGCAAGAAUCACUGUGCCUGUUGUACCUUCUUCAUCCAUUGACCCAAUCUCUCUUCUUCUAUCUGUGAACCCUUCUGCUUUAUCUGCUGUUCAAGGCUUUGCUUUCUCAGCCUUAGCUACCAGUUUAAUCGGAUACGCUGUUAGCUUCCCGAAACAGCUCCUCGAUACAUGGAAGCUUGUGUCUAAGCAAUCAAAUGGAAAUGGAAGACUUGGAUCUGUAAGUUUCUCAUCGAAAGAGGGUAAUAAGAGAACUAAUGGGAGAGCCUCAUACAGUGAACCACCAAGAGCUCGUGAUGGGUUUGAAGCAGUAGUGAUGCUAUUUGUCCUUGGAGUUCCAGCUCUAAUUGCAACAUUCUUUCCCUCAACAUUCUCGAGAGCUCUGGAUUUUGCUGGUGUUUAUGCAAACUGUUUCCUCUUUGGUGUCCUGCCUCCUGCAAUGGCUUAUAUUCAACAGUCCAGAAACAAGCUCAGGUCAUGGGUUCUUCCCGGAGGUAACUUUACCUUGUUGAUCUUAUUCGUUAUCGCCAUUAUUCUGGGAAUAUGGCAUUAGAUCACCAUCAAAUAUAAAUGUUUUGUUUGUAUCAUUCUACAAAGACAUAUGCCAUGAUCUGACUGUGCUAACCAGACGCUAUGGAAGCAAAAAGACCCCACUGGGACCUUCACGAAGAUGUAUGCGUUCUAUGGUUCCUUGUAAAAACAGUACUAGCGAUUGAGAAGUCUUUUUUUCUUAGCAAGAUCACAUUUCACACUAGAUCUAUCAUUGUUGGAAGACUUACUAAGAAACAGAUUCAGUCAUU